UCUUAUUUUACAAUCAUAUUCAUUUCUUCUUAAAAUCAUGGAAGAGUAUGAGAAAAUGUACAAAUUUGUAUGUCGUAUAUGCUUGAAACAAAAUAAUGGACAAAAUAUGGUUUCUUUAAUAGAUUUUACUAGCGACGACGGCUUAAGUUGUUUUGGCAAAGCCGUUCUAGCUUUCGCGAGUGUUGAUAUCAAAUCGAACGAUGUUUUUCCUACUUCAAUGUGCAAUGACUGCUUAUAUUGCCUGAAACAAGCUAUUUCUUUUAAACUUAAGUGUGAAACAAGUGACAAACAGCUGAAAACGUUGGCAAAUCAGUGUUUUUCUGUAACUGACAUCAAAACAAAAAUUGUCGAAAGUGUAAUGUUUCACAGUUAUUUUAGUAAUAAAGAUCUGCAAGCCUAUUCAAGUUCUGAUAUCAAACGUGAAGUAAAACCCAAGAUGAUCAUGAAAAACAUAGUUGGAAUAGGAAAUCUGGAUAUGGAAGUACCUGGGUCUCAAGACAGUUUCAGUGAUAAUUUUCCAGAGAAUUUUGAUGAAACCAUUCCUAAUCCAUCUUAUUUAGAUGAAAAGCCGAUCCAAUCACAAGAAGAGCCAGAUGUCAUUCUGGAUCGCAUUGAAAAACUGAUAGGCUCAUGUUCAGAUUUAUCACCAGGAGUAUUCAAGAAAACGUUUAAUAAACAAACCUUUAAGAGGCAUAAAAAAUAUCUUCGAAGACAACAGAUGCAACUUCAAAGCUUAGACACUUUUAACUGUAAUAUCUGCCAUAGAGUUUUGGCUAACAAACAUUCCUAUGAACAUCACAUGCAGAGACACAAUGGGUGUAGAUAUGUCUGUGAACAUUGUGGCAAAGGUUUUCCAGUGCUCACUGAGCUACAAGUACAUCAAGUGGCUGUCCAUGGUACAGGACCGUACCUACAGUGUCGCCAGUGCCCAUACAAGGCUCCACGGAAGUUUAGUCUAACUGAGCAUGAAAGGAUACACACUGGUGAACGGCCAUAUACAUGUGAAAAGUGUGGCUUGACAUUCCGAAGAAGGUUUGUAUGGAAAAAGCAUCUCGUCUACCAUAAUGAGAAAACUAUUCAAUGUAGUUUAUGUCCCCGUAAAUUUUAUCUGCGGAGUGAGAUGCUAGCUCAUUGUAACAAUGUUCAUGAGAGGGUGUAUGUGUACCUGUGUAAUAAAUGUGGUACUACCUAUGCCAAGGCUGCUACCGUUAGGCGCCAUUUGACAGAAAAACAUGGAGUGCCAAGAGAGAUGCAAGGCAAAGUAAUUCGGAUUAAUAAAGGGAAGGGUGAUUUCCCUGAUUAAGUUGCAAAGUAUGAAAAGAAAUAAAUAGCAUUUUGAACAGUAUUUUUGAGAAGACGUCCCAAUCAUCUAAACUUUAAUUUUUUAAUUUUGUAAACAUCCCACUUUGUCGAUUGCUAUAAAGCCGCUUUGUCAAUUAGUUCAUAUAAAGAUACAAAUAAAUCUCGCCUUAAUGGUUACCGACAAAGUGGGAUGUUUUACUAAACAUACUCACAUAUUAUAUGCAAUAUACUAAUCAUAUUUUGGUACUAAAUUAUUCUGUAACUCUAACUAUACAAUGUAAUAGUUAUAUUUACAAGUGUAGCUAAUCAUUUUAAAUGAAACAAAGUUAUCUGAGAUAGUUCAUUGUGCAUUAACUUGGGCCCUCUCAAGAAUGCUAGCCAGCAACAUAAUCUUUUUGCAUUACUUACCUUUUCCUAUUGUAAAGCUUAGCAAAGAUUGCUAUUUGUUGGGUCCUGGGGCCCAUUUCUCGAAGCUACAAGUUACAAAUUACAAGUGGUUGUCAAUGUCUAAUAUGACAAGUUGGAAAGAGACUUUCGCUUGUAACUUGCAGCUUUCAGUUUUCAGAAAUGGGCCCCUGGACUGUAAUGCAUCUGUUUCAUCAAAUACCUGAUGUUUUAUUUUUAUGGAUUAUGAUAGAAAUGGUAUCACAAUAUUCUUAUUAAAUAUGAAUAACUAUUUUAAUGUUCUUUCAAUUUUUGUAACUGUCAUUGUGCUUAACCUUGGGGAGUUUAAUUAUAGCAAAAGUUGGAUGGACAAAUAGGUAAAAGUUUUAUGUUAUAAGGUAAAAUCUAAGUUUUGUAACCACUGCACAACACUGGGCUUCAAGUCCAGUAGAUGUUGCAAUUUUUCUGACAUAAGAUAUGAUGGAAAGACUCCAUACACAAAUCAUACAGUGGUGUCCACUAUAUGCAUACUCGGGUAGCUUGGAUGAUCUACUGGACUUAUACUGGAUCUGGCCUGUAACAGGAAAUAAAAGGUAAAAGCCAUUCAUGAAACUUAGUAACCUUUGUUCAACAACUUUUAAAAACUUGUGUUUUGGUUUUAGCGCACUAGUCAGAUCAUUCAAACUUCCAAUUCGGAGAAAGUUGACCUCCCUACCCCCUACAUAAAAAAUUAGCUUACAGGGGGGUUACCUCUCUCUGUAACUGACUGUAAAUUUAAUGUUAAUUUAUCCAUAUGUUUAAUUAUAAUGUACAUUGAAAAUAAUAUUAUAUAAGGUGUUACCAAAUUAGUCACGGAUAUUUUAAGGGACGUUAAUUAACAUCAAAACCAUAAACUUUUGUGUAGAAAUUAAAACAAUUUUUUUUUUAAUUUUUAUCAAAAAAAAUAUUUUAAUUUGCUAAAUAACCAGCCCGUAUAAUGUAGGCAAUUGCCUGUCAGGAUGUUUAACACUGUCUCUCAUAUCACGUUAACAGUGUCUAGAGAGAUCUCAUUUAAUUAUUUUAUUAACAGGGUGUUAACAUAGCACAUUUUUUUCCUAGUUUUCUCCAAAAAAAAAAACAAAACCUAUGAUGUUUUAUACAUAAAUAUAUUUCAGGAGCGUAAAAAUAUCCGUGACUAAUUUGGUAACACCUUAUUAUAUGAACGAGCAGUUGCCCACGACUUACGCCGUGGCUUGCGUGGG